AUGGAAGCUGCGCUCCGGGCCCUUGGCAUCCCAGACCCUGUGAUCCAGCUUGCAGACCGCCAGGCACGAGAGGCGAUCUUGCGUCUGCAUGCGUACAAGCCGCAGAACGACGGGCCUUUACCGCGCGCAUUGCAGUCCAAAAUUCCCGCGUACCGCAGCGCCGGCCUCUUGGUCCCUGUGCACGUUGGCAACGACGGCAGGCUGCAUGUACUGCUUACUGUGCGUGCACAAGGCCUCAAUAGUCAUGGCGGCGAUACUGCGUUUCCAGGCGGGCGAUUCGAGCUCUACGACAAAGAUAUCGAGUAUACUGCGCGACGCGAGGCGUACGAGGAGACUGGCUUACCUAUAAACCCGCGCAUAGUGCUGAAACUAUGUGAGAUGGAGACGUUCCUCUCGGCCAACGAGCUUGCCGUGACUCCGAUUGUCGCGUUCAUCACAGACAUGACACUCCCACUGCGCGCAAACACAAACGAGGUAUCUGCCAUGUUCACCAUUCCUUUCGAGUCUGUGCUCUUUGAAACGCUACCGCCCGCGUUCUACAACAAUAUGGACAUUACACCGCAGAGCGAACGGUACAGCACGCCGCUUCCAGGCUCAACAGAGACGCCAGAAAGCGCCGGCAGCACUGGCGAUGCAACGUGGCACACCGCGUACGACAUUUCAUGGAUCGGAGACGUGCGCAUGCGGAGACACACGUUUUGGGAAGCCAAUAAUCCGAUCCGCGGCCUCACGAGCGACGUAUUGCUGCGUGCGGCAAUCGUUGCGUACGGGCGCGAGCCAACGUACGCCGCCAACGUCAAGGACCAGCCCAGCCAGGCAGCCCUGCUGCGCCUCGCGUUCGCAAGCCCGCACGCAGUGCGCGAACGGAACGUGCGGCCCCGCAUCAGGCCAUGGAAAGCAAAAGUAUAG